UUAUAUUUGCAAACCGAAUUUAAACGUUAUUUUUGUAUCUGUUUAUCCCCUUUAAGUCCGCCCCUCCACUUUGCACCACUCUAAAAAGCUGCUCUUCUCCCGCUCCCUUCUUAUUCCGUCGCCGCGACUGAGACGCUCUCACGCUACAAAAAUGGGUCCUUUCACCUUAGCUAUCGAUACAAAAUCAUCCUUUUCCAACGAUGUACCCAUGAAGAAAAUGCAAAGCUCUGCUGCCUUUUCUCAACUUCAAACAACAAAGGCUUUUGCUUCAAUUAACGUCCAACAAGAUAAUAAACCCUUUGAUUUUUUGCGCAUUUUAUUCGAGGGAGUCAUUGCAGGAGGUACUGCUGGUGUUGUUGUUGAGACAGCAUUAUAUCCCAUUGAUACUAUAAAGACAAGGCUUCAGGCCGUUCGUGGUGGUGGAAAAAUAGUUUUGAAGGGUCUUUACUCUGGACUAGGCGGAAAUAUUGCCGGUGUCUUACCGGCUUCGGCAUUAUUUGUUGGAGUAUAUGAACCUACAAAGCAGAAAUUGUUGAGGAUGUUUCCUGAGAAUCUUAGCGCUGUAGCACAUCUAACAGCCGGUGCCAUUGGAGGGCUUGCAGCUUCUCUUAUUCGUGUUCCAACUGAGGUUGUCAAACAAAGGAUGCAGACUGGGCAAUUUUCUUCAGCUCCAGAUGCUGUCCGUCUCAUCAUCUCUAAGGAAGGUUUCAAGGGAAUGUAUGCGGGAUAUGGAUCAUUCUUAUUGCGUGAUUUGCCAUUUGAUGCAAUUCAGUUUUGUCUCUACGAACAACUUCGGAUAGGUUAUAAAGCAGCGGCAAGAAGAGAAUUGAAUGAUCCAGAAAAUGCUAUCAUUGGGGCUUUUGCUGGUGCACUGACUGGAGCUAUAACUACACCACUUGAUGUGAUUAAGACAAGGUUAAUGGUUCAGGGUUCAGCUAACCAGUACAAAGGGAUCGUUGAUUGUGUUCAAACUAUUGUCAGAGAAGAAGGACCCACUGCUAUGCUCAAGGGAAUAGGGCCAAGAGUACUGUGGAUAGGUAUUGGUGGUUCAAUUUUCUUUGGUGUACUAGAAAGAACAAAGCGGUUUCUUGUUCAGAGGCGUCCGGGUCCAGUAUCUGAGGAGCACCCAAAAGAGGAAUAAGUCGGUGAAAUGUCUACAGAUAGCAUACAUAUUGACAGCGAGAAGCAUCAUGGAUCAUGCUGCUGUUUUUCUUGCUUGUGCAAGCAAUUGUCAUUGAUCUAUCAUCCCCAGCAGUUUUCAAUGGAGGUCUGAUCAAUCAAUCCCUGAAAUUGGGCAUUUUGCAUUAUGAUUUCACGCUACGACUGUUCAUUAAAUACAUUGCACGCCCUGUUUAUAGGCUGAUUCUGUUUUUUAUAAAAGCAUUUUGCUAGCUAAA